AUGGUUGGACACGUUUGGACCAAUUGUGCCAAUCAUAGCAUAAAUGCUAGAAAAUUUAUCUUGAUGCUAAAAAUAGAGCCAUUCCUAUUUCUAACAGUACUAUCGAUUAGUCUAUCAAAUAUAACUACCAGUCAGCUGAUCCAGGAUAAGUUGUGUCUGAUCAGAUACAACCAGACAUGGGACUACUGUUCAAAUAUCAGCACUAGUAGUAGUAGUAGUAGUACAGGUGCUACUACAGGUGCUGCUGGACUAUACCUAUCAUCCUCAUCGAUGACCAAUAAAAUACUAGGCGAUUUGGCCCAGUUUGGUACCUAUCAGAAACUUAUAGGUACACUACCGGCACUCAUAACUGUCCUAUUUAUCGCUGAUCCAUUGGGAAUUUAUUUGGCCGGUCGACUGAUGGCCAAUCAAACGAUUUUACGGCUAACCGAAGCCAAACAAUUGCACGAUUAUAAUACUGUCUAUAUAAUCUGUUUGGCGUCAAUUGGUUUGGCAUUUAUUUGGCUACUGUUGGCCAUCAAUGAGACAAACAUCACCAGUAUAGGACCACCCGCUACUGCUGAUGAUAAUGAAAAUGCUAACAUACUAUCUAACAGCCUGAAUGAUAAUGAAAGACAGCCAUUGAUGACUGCCAGUACUUCUCGUCCAAGUAAUGCAAGUUUAGGCCAACAAAAUGACAGGCAGUUGUUGGCGGCGGCGGCCGAAAACCAGCCAUCAAUAGUGGACAGUAGUCCGAGAUUUUCAAUCGACAAACUGUUUGACAUAGAAAAUGUUCGGCAAAUGUUUGCAACGGCUUUCAAACGCCGUCCAAACAACGGUCGCCAACAUCUAUGGCUGUUAUAUCUGUCAAUGUUUAUCAUUAAUUUGUCGUCAAUCGACUUACUGGAUCCAGUGUUUCCGUUUGCCGAAAAAGUCUAUCACUGGGACAUCAAACAGUUUACUAUUGCCAAAUCGUUGGUCACUGUUUUGGUGGCGGUCACUAUGGCACCAAUUGGUUGGCUAUUAUCAACCAAAUUGACUAUCCAGGACACAAAACUCGGUAUUCUAGGCUAUGUAUCGGAACUGGCGUCGGCACUGGCCAUCGGUACUAUUCCCAAUUGUCUGGGAUUUUAUCUGAUGUAUCUAUUAGGCGGUGCAUCAAGUUUUCGGCCUACAGCUACCCGUUCAUUGAUAUCGAAACUGAUUAAGCCAACCGAAUCCGGCCAGAUAUUCAGUGUGUCGACACUGUUUGAAACAUUGGCACCGGCUGUCCAAUCACUGGUAUUUAAUACAGUAUUUCAGUUGACAAUCGGUUGGUAUCCGAGUCUAGUCUUUCAUUUGGCCGGUUCGCUAGUGUUUGUUCCGUUAGCUAUAAUCAUAUGGAUUGAUAAUUCACAAGUUAUUUAG